AAGAGGAAUUUGAAGUAACGAAAAGAUAGAAAGAAGAUAAAAAAGAUGGGAGCAGAAGGAGAGCAGGAAAUUAAGGCCAAUGAGAAUCCGAGGCCCAAUCCCAUCACGGGGUCGCAGUUCCUUUCCUGGAAACGCCAAAAGGAUGCAGUCGCAUCAGCUAGAAGAGCCGAAGCAGCAAGGAAACGCGAGGAAGAUAUAGCUGCAGGAACAGCGCAAAUGAAUGGCCGGGAGCUUUUUCUUCAUGAACCUUGGGUUUUUGAUAAGGCUCUUUAUUGAGGUAAAGAAAAGGGAGCAUGGAAGUAAAGUUUGGAAGGAUAUGACAAAAUAAAUUUAUCGACGACCCUGGGCAACCUAUGUGACGGACACAGAUUUGUAACAAUACGCUUUAACAUGAUAAAUUAUAAGUUUUAUUUGUUAUUUAGAGCAUCUAUACACCAUUAUAUUUUGAUUCACUGAUCUGUACGUCUUAUAUUGCUUUCUUACAAGAUAAGAUAUGUUCUUGAUAACUGAUACUCUCUCUAUACUUUCCAAAGAAGGAAAAAACAAAAAACAAAAGAAAAAUAAAACACACAAAAGCCUGUGGUAGUGCCAGGUUUUGAGUAGUAUAUUCUUUAUUUAAUGCCCGUCAUUGUA